GACGGCGGAGCUAAAGCGGCGGCCAAGGCAGCUUCAUUGUUGUGAAGAGUCUUAAAGGGGCCGCAUCACCCAGCCGGCCCGGCGCAGGGCUGGGGUGGGUGCGGCGGGGGUCCCGGGGCGGCCGAACGCGGAGAAAGGACGGGAAGGAGGGCAGGGGGUACAGGAGACCGUGAAGCGAAGCGGGCAUCGGACGGACCCCCCCCAGCAGGCCCCGCCCCGGCCCCGGCCGGGCCGGAUGGACCCCCCAGCGGCCAAGCGGAGCCGGGGCUGCCCAGCGAGACCGGAGGAACGCGAUGCUGGGGCAGGGGCCGCGCGCGGCCGGGGCCGGCCCGAGGCACUGCUGGACCUCAGUGCCAAACGAGUAGCCGAAAGCUGGGCCUUUGAGCAGGUCGAGGAGCGGUUCUCCCGGGUGCCUGAGCCAGUCCAGAAGCGCAUCGUGUUCUGGUCAUUUCCACGCAGCGAGCGGGAAAUAUGUAUGUACUCAUCUCUGGGCUAUCAGCCUCCAGAGGGCGAGCAUGAUGCCCGGGUCCCCUUCACCCAUGGGCUGCACCUGCUGCAGAGUGGGGCCGUAGACCGUGUCCUGCAAGUGGGAUUCCACCUCAGCGGAAACAUCCGGGAGUCAGGGGGCCCUGGAGAGCCGGAGAGUGUGUUCCAUGUCUCCAUCAGCUUUGAUCGCUGCAAGAUCACGUCUGUGAGCUGCGGCUGCGACAACCACGACCUCUUCUACUGCGCCCACGUGGUGGCGCUGUCGCUGUACCGCAUCCGGCACGCGCGCCAGGUCGAGCUGCGGCUACCCAUCUCAGAGACGCUCUCCCAGAUGAACCGGGACCAGCUGCAGAAGUUCGUGCAAUACUUGAUAAGUGCCCACCAUACCGAGGUGCUGCCUACUGCUCAGCGCUUGGCCGAUGAGAUCCUCCUGCUAGGCUCCGAGAUUAACCUAGUGCACGGUGCCCCAGACCCCACAGCGGGUGCAGGCAUUGAGGAUGCCAACUGCUGGCACCUGGAUGAGGAGCAGAUCCAGGAACAAGUAAAACAGCUGUUGUCCAAUGGUGGCUACUAUGGGGCCAGCCAGCAGCUGCGCUCCAUGUUCAGCAAGGUGCGGGAGAUGCUAAGAAUGCGGGACUCCAACGGGGCACGCAUGCUGAUCCUUAUGACCGAGCAGUUCCUACAGGACCCACGCCUGGCUCUGUGGCGACAGCAGGGUGCAGGCAUGACGGACAAGUGCCGGCAGCUCUGGGACGAGCUGGGGGCCCUGUGGGUCUGUGUCAUCCUGAGCCCCCACUGCAAACCAGAGGAGCGGGCAGGCUGGCUCCAGCUGCUCGCCAAGUGGGACAAGCUUGAUGUGUGCCCGCUGGAAGAGGGCAACUACUCCUUCGAUGGCCCCAGCCUGCAGCUCACAGCAGCCUCCAGCCCAGGCUUGGAGGAGGAUGAAGAUGAGGAGGUGGCAGCCACGACUUCCCGCCACUCGGUAUUUGGCCGCGCCCUGCAGGCUGGAGAGCUGCACUGGAGUGACAGCCACCUGCAGAAGAUCCUGGCCAGUGACUCCUACAGUCCCAGCCUCACAGGCAGUGUGCGUGGUGAUAAGAUGACCUUUGACCCCCAGGGCCGGCCACUCUGGCUGGGUGAACCUUUCCCUACUGCCUGUGCUCGUGUGGAUGCCCUGCGUGCCCAUGGAUACCCCCGUCAGGCACUGCGGCUGGCUGGUGCCAUAGUCAACACACUUCGACUACAGCGGUGGCAUCAGCUUGAGAGCUACAAGCAGCAGAAAAAAGAACUGCUCCAAAAAGGCUCCACCUGCAUUACCAACACGGAAGGAUGGGUGGGCCACCCCCUGGAUCCCAUCGGCUGCCUCUGCAGGGCGCUCCUGGAGGCCUGCCGCCUGGAGGAGGAGACCCUCACUCUUUACUCAGACUCAGGCUCCGAGAAGCGCAAGGUUGCCUACCAGCAUGUACCCGUACCUGGGAGCCCUGGUGAGUCCUACCUGGUGCUGGCUUUGGAGGUGACACUGCUGGGACUGGGGCAGCAGCGAACCCUGCCAGAGGGCCUGUAUGCCCAGGACAAGGUGGUGCGCAACGAGGAGCAGCUGCUGGCUCUGCUGGAGGAGGUGGAUUUGGAUGAGCAGUUGGUGCAGGUGCUGCGCAAACAGGCGGGACUGCUGCUGGAAGGGGGUCCCUUCAGCGGCUUCGGAGAGGUGCUGUUCCGGGAGAGCGUACCCAUGCACACCUGUGCCCGCUACCUGUUCACCGCGCUGCUGCCUCAUGACCCAGACCUGGCCUAUCACCUCGCACUCCGAGCCAUGAGGCUGCCCGUACUGGAAACAGCGUUUCUGGCUGUAGAACCUCACCCCAACCCACUGGACUCCAUCAUGAGCAACCGCUUCCCCCGCUGGUUCAUCCUCGGCCAUUUGGAGACCCGCCAGUGUGAACUGGCCUCUGCCAUGCUGACAGCUGCCAAGGGAGACCCUAAGUGGCUGCACACGGUCCUGGGCUCCAUCCAACAGAACAUCCACUCUCCGGCCCUGCUCUUCAAGCUGGCACAGGACGCCUGCAAGACAGCCACCCCAGCCGGUGCACCACCGGACACCACACUGCUGGGCAUCGCGCUGGAGCUGGGCCUACAGGUGAUGCGGAUGACCCUGAACACUAUGACCUGGCGACGGAGGGAAAUGGUGCGCUGGCUGGUCAGCUGUGCCACGGAGAUCGGCCCACAAGCCCUGAUGAACAUCAUGCAAAACUGGUACUCUUUAUUCACACCAGUGGAGGCGGCCACCAUUGUGGCAGUAACAGGUACCACACAUGCCACCCUGCUGCGACUACAGUUAGACACGCCACGGCGGGAGGAGCUCUGGGCCUGUGCUCGCACCCUGGCCUUGCAGUGCGCCAUGAAAGAUCCUCAGAACUGCGCCUUGCCUGCACUGACGCUCUGUGAGAAGAACCAAGCAGCCUUUGAGGCAGCCUACCAGAUUGUAUUAGAUGCUGCAGCCGGAGGCCUGGGCCAUGCUCACCUCUUCACUGUAGCCCGCUAUAUGGAGCACCGGGGCCUGCCUCUGCGUGCCUACAAGCUGGCAACACUGGCCUUGGCACAGCUCAGCAUCGCCUUCAACCAGGACAGCCACCCUGCUGUCAACGAUGUGCUGUGGGCCUGCUCACUCAGCCACUCGCUGGGCCGGCACGAGCUCUCUGCCAUUGUGCCCCUCAUCAUCCGCAGCAUCCACUGUGCCCCAAUGCUCUCUGACAUCCUGCGGCGCUGGACCCUCUCAGCACCUGGCCUGGGUCCCCUGGGGGCCCGCCGAGCUGCCAAGCCACUGGGUGCUGACAGGGCCCCACUUUGCCAACUCCUGGAUGCGGCAGUGGCUGCCUAUAUCACAACCAGCCACUCCCGCCUCACUCACAUCAGCCCACGACACUAUGGCGACUUCAUUGAGUUCCUGGGCAAAGCCCGUGAGACCUUCCUCUUGGCACCUGAUGGGCACCUUCAGUUUGCCCAGUUCUUGGAGAACCUCAAACAGACCUAUAAGGGCAAGAAAAAGCUCAUGCUUUUGGUGCGGGAGCGCUUUGGUUGAGGGGGCUGGGAGAGGGGAUCCCACUAGUCCCUGCCUCCCUGACCCCUGUUCUCCAUGGGGGGGCCUGAGCAUUGGAGGCCCAUGUGGCAUUUCAAUAUUAAGUCAGGGAAAGAGCCCAGCUGGAGAUGGAGGCAGGGGGUGGUAGUCUGCCCUGUGCAUGCCUAGGAGUGUGCAAAUGAGUGUGCGAAACUCUAGGAGCAGAAGCCAUACCACUAACUAUCCAGAAGCCUGAAAGGGGUGUGUGCUUGGGCACCUGGUGUGGCCUCACCUUUGGCACCCUAAAAGCAACAGACAAGCUACCCCUCUCUAAACUCACAGGCCUGGCUUGGGCUCUGUGAGUGGGAUGGAGAGGCAAAACAGGCCCACUAAAUCAAUGUAGCAGACCCUCCCCAAAACUUACCAUAGGUGGCCAGGGGACUUGUAUUAGAGCAUCUAAUCCCCAGUGCCCUCCCUCUCCCCCCACUGCUCAACGGACCUGUUCUGCCACCUCCCUUCCUUCCCUGUGGCUGCCCAGCCAGGACCAAUG